AUGUAUAACAAUAUACAACCACAGCCAGCACCUGUGCCACUGCAGUAUCAACAACCGCAGCCACAACAACAGCAACAAUUCACGCAAGCGAGUGUCAUUGAUUCAUUGAAUGCAGUAAAUCAACACAUUCAGCAGCAACAACAGCAACACCAGCAACAACCACAACCAGAAAAGAAGUUAGAUGUAUCAUAUAAACGUCAAUCAGAUGGACCCAUCUUAUGGUUUGCUGGACCUCCUUUAAACGUGAUACCAGAUAGCGCACCUUUACACUCUGUGAGCUAUUUGGAUUGGAAGAAAAAGCAGCAGCAAUAG